AUGCCUGAGGUCGUCGAGCCGGCGGACGCCAUCAAGGCUCAUUUCGCCAUGGCCACCGACCAGACCUUGUCAAAAGAGUCGUCCGAGCAGCAGCCCGAGGGGACGCAGAUGCGGAAACGGUUUAAUUUCCUUACGCUCUGGUCUCUUUUCGUGGCUGGUACCGCAGGAUGGGAAGCAAUAAUUGCUUCUCUAUACCAAGUUAUCCUGGCUGGGGGACCGACAGUGCUGGUCUGGGGAUUCGUCAUCUCCGCAGUGGCUUCGAUCUGUAUCGCUUCUUCUCUGGCGGAAUUCGCAAGUAUCUGGCCUAGUGUGGCGGGCCAGUACCACUGGGCAGUGGCAUUGGCACCUCCAAAAUGGAGGACAAUCGUGGGCUGGUACUGUGCUUGGAUACUACUGUUGAUGAACGUGCUGUCAUCUCUCAGUGCCCUUUUCGCUGCAGCCUUCUCUCUGCAGGCAUUGAUCGUCAUCUCAGUGGACAGCUACACUGCAGAGAAAUACGAAGCAUAUCUUAUCAUCGUAGCCAUAAUCGUGGUGGCCGUUAUAAUCAACAUUUUCAUGCCCUACAUGCUGCAUUACCUCUCCGCUGCCGGCACGGUGACACACGUCCUCGGCUUCUUCGCUAUCAUCAUCACCCUUUUAGCGACCACCAAGAACAAGAACUCGGGAAAGGAGGUUUUUGGGAGUCUAGAAAACUACACGGGGUACCACAAUAAUGCUGCCGCAUUCUUCAUUGGCCUGCUACCGACGGCCUCUGGUUUCUCAACCCUCGAUCUGCCCGCCCGAUAUGUCGAUGAAACGAAACAGCCACGCCAGGAUGUAUCUAGAGCUAUGUUCUGGGGUGUGUUAACCUCCUCUGCGAUUGGACUCCCUUUUGUCAUCGUCAUUGCAUUCUGCAUGGGUAGUCCAGCAGAUCUACUCUCGUCUGAGAUUGUAGCCCUAAGCCCUCUUGCCGAAAUCGUGCUGAACUCGACGGGUUCCCUGGGUGCCGCGAUUGUGCUGGCUAGCAUCAUCAUUAUCGUUGCCUUUGUGUCGGCGAUUGACUGCAUGGGUGGGAUCAGUCGUAUCAUCAUGGCUCAAGCGCGAGACAAUGUCAUCCCCCUUGGCUCUUUCUUCUCGCGAAUCCACUCUCGCUGGAACACACCUGUAAAUGCAAUCUUUUUAGCAGGUAGCAUUCAGACAUGCUUGGCAGUUAUCUACGUUGGAAACUCGACGGCGUUCUACGGAUUUCUCAGCGGCGUCUUCACCCUGCAGGUCUUGAGCUACGGCGCGCCAGUUGCAUUCCAUUUGUUCCGUCGAGGCUCGUUGAAUCUCUCAUACGGACCAUGGCGUAUGGGUCGCGUGGGUCUAGGCGCGAACAUCGUUGGUAUAUUGUUGUACCUGAUGCUGUUUGUGGCCGUCUCACUACCAACUGCUCUGCCAGUGACGGCUCCAACUAUGUAA